AUGGUCACCGGAGAUCUCAUUGAGAUCUUAAUACCUGUGCCAACGGAUGACCCGAAGACCGUAACCGUCGGCCGCAACCGUAGCCACUGGGCUCUGGUCGAGUCGGUGGACCCGCGCGGUAAUAUCCGCUGCUAUCACUUGGCCCGCGACCCCCUGUCGGCGCCCACCCGUCGUGUCGUACGCUGGGAACCGUUGGUCAACAUUCUGGACGAGUGCGCGGACAUCGGCGCCGACGGGUUUGUCUAUUGGCGGUGCAAUAAUCAGCACCGGUUGGCUCGACAGCUGUUGGCCAUCACCGGCCGACACGGCCCGCCGCCGUUGGACGUAGUGUUUGGCGAGAUUAACAAGUUUCGGGACCGGGAGGUGGCCUUUGACCCCGACGGGUGUAAUGCCGAGCACUACUGCACGUACUGGCGCUAUGGGAUCGGCUGGUCGUCCGGCCGACACCCGCCCCAACAGAUUGUGGCCAAAGCCGAGCACGAGAUGCGCGAAAUGGCCGCACAGGCGGCCGCUGAGGCUCGAGCGCAGGCACCCGAUGGCACACCACUGGUGACCACUAUAGGCACCACUAUUGGCAAACCGGUGGCGGCGACUAAAGGCAUACGUAAACGGAUGUCACGUACGGACAAAUACGCGGCCAAAGCCCCGGCACCCGACAGCACAGUCCAACCCACUGUCAACCCCAAAUUCAAACCUCGGGUCCAGUUUCAAGCCGUGUCCGGCGGGUCGCGCGAUAUAGAGGUGCUCUCAAGCGAACCCACGAGUGAUGUUAAGCCCCCGCCAGUGGUCGUGAAGAAGGGAAAGGGGAGGCGAGUGCUCAGACAUUUGGCCAAUUUACAUUCAAACUCAAUGGGACUCAAACCGAGCAAAUAUGCCCGCCGUUGGCCACCCGGUGCUGUAAAGGCCAGGGAUCUGAUACAGAUCCGGUGUGUGGGCGCGUACGGGCCGUACAGCCAUUGGGCUCUGUGCGAGUCGGUGGACAAAACGGGCUGCAUUUGGUGUUUUCACGUCAGGUCCUGCGCUCCGGCACCCGACGGCCGGCAGCGGGCGAUUGUCCGCUACGAACGCUUGGAGGACAUACUUAUGGCGAUGGCCGACCAGUGGACAGGUCUGGUGCCCGACUGGCGGGUGAAUAAUCAGCAAAAGUUGGCUCAACAGGUGCUCACUAGUGUUGAUAAGCGACGGCCCGGAGUCCGGUGGGACCGGAACCGACACCGGGUCCGUGACGUGCCCUAUAACCCGAUGACCCGUAAUACUGAGCACUACUGCACGGCCUGGAAGUACGGCACCGGUUGGUCGACGCAAGUCAUGUCCGAUAAGAGUAUUAUUAAAUCGGUGGCCAAACAACAUUACUGUACGCACUGGCGGUACGCCAUCGGGUGGUCCACCGAUGUAUACACUGACCAUCAGAUUGUGGACAAAACCAUCGAUCAGAUGGCGAUACUUACGCGCCGGACAACCGCUAAGGAGGUCGCCGAAAACUAA